UAGAAGAUCACGUGAUAUAAAUCGUGAACUUGCGAUACUAAAAAGGACAAGAUGAAGAUAUAAUUUCAAGAGGAAUAGUCUUCUCUUAAAUUCAGAAUGGAUGAUAAUAGCCAGGAUGAUAAUGAGGUUUGGACACCCCCAGAAUCUACACAAGAGCCUUAUAAUCCUAUGUCAUACGAACAGCCUCGAGCAUCAUCAUCUUACCAGUCUAAUGUGGUAUACUCCACAUCCACAUUGACAUUCCCAGCAUCCUCUACACAGAAUGUACAGUCGUAUGGUUCACAGUUUAUACCACAGGAAUAUCAUCAUCCUGACAGUGCAAGAGGACUACCAUACACUGAUGGUUCGUACCACAUCUCAGCCUCCCAGUCUCAGAUCUACCAAGCUGCCCAGUCCUCAUUUGACCGUAUGUCUCCUGUAGAGGAUUACAGACCUACUGGUAGUGAUAAUAUAUCCUACUCUGGUCUAGGACCUGACAGUGGUCAGCUGAUUACAGGGGUGGUUGAUAGUAGCACCCUUCAUCAGAGUUAUCCAGUACACCAAGUGGUAUUCCAAGGUGGUGAUCAUCGUAUUAUGACUGUCCAGAGAGUGAACUCCCCUGUUGAUACUACAGUCAGUCAGUCAGCUCUUGGGUUACAACAUCAGGACAGUGUAGAAGAUCAACAACCAACACAUGCAAUGCUCACUCCAGUGCCUGUUUCCUGUGUCAGAUCCUCCUAUCCAAUGUACCCAUCUCAUGGUGAGGUAACAACAACAGGAGGAACAUCAAUGAUGUCACACAGACAAGAGGCAGAUUCCGAUCCUAGGGUUAGCUCCAUCAGUGAAUCAUUACAUAGCAGGAUGAUGCAGAAUGUACCAAAAGUAGAGGAAACAGUUAGUGGGGAACCAGAUACAACUCAAGAAGAUAAUGAUGACUAUGCUCCACAUGUUCGGAGUUACAUAGUAGAGGAAAAUAGUAGCAUAGACACAGAACCAAUCUUACAUUCAACUAUGAUGGGUACACCCAGGGGUAGUGUAGUAAUGGACUCUACCACUGGCAGUUCUCAAUUGUCAUCAAGUCGAAUAUCUCACUACAGCAGAGAAGUGGAAUCUUCUGCUGACAGUUCUCUAGGGGAAAUGGUAUCAAAUGGUCCCUCCCAGUCAUCUGUGUCAGUAAAUAUGAGUGGACUUGUAACAGUAGAGGGUCUCCACAGUACUCUAGAUGACCAGUCUUUAGAUGAUAAGGAUGAGUUAACAUCUAACAUGGGAAUACCAACCAUACUCAACGUCAGUGUUAGAAAAUCGAACAGAAUUGCUGAAAUGGAAAAUGAUCUUCCUUCAUAUCAAAAGCCAAAGUAUAUACCCAAACAAUACAAUGUUAAUGAAAUUUGGUGUGAAGAAUGUAUGACAAGUUAUGAAAUAGAGUGUCCCACCCACAGAUUGACCUUGUUUCCUGACAAGGUCGUGUUAUCCAGAGCUUGGGCAAGUCUACCUCAGAUGUUACAGAUAUUUAGAUUGGAAGAUGCAUCUUCACAGUAUGGUGGGGAAGCUCAUGUAGGAGUUUUUGCCAAAAGGACCAUUCCACGUUGUACUCAGUUUGGACCAUUUAUAGGAGAACUAGUCCAAUCCAAAGAAGACAUACAAUCCACUAAGUUUCUACUUAUGUUGGAAAGACAGGAAGGCGAUGUCCUAUAUUUUGACACUUCUGAUGAAAACAAAUGUAACUGGAUGAUGUUUGUCAGACCAGCAGAAAACUUUGCAGAACAGAAUAUGGUGGCCUACCAACAUGGCUUUGAUAUUUACUUCUCUGUCACAAAGAACAUAGAAAUAAGGACUGAAUUAAAGGUUUGGUACUCUACACAUUAUGCUAGACGACAUGCACUUCACACUUUAGAAAUUACACAGCAGGAUAUUGAUGUGUUAGAUGAACAAGAGUGUAAAUAUCAAUGUUAUGAAUGUGCCAAGAGGUUCAAGACAUCGAUAGCUUUACAGAGACAUCUAAUAACCCAUGAACCAGGGGCUCCACAACCUUCCACAAGUACUGAAUCACAUGCUACACCAUCUACAAGUACAUCGGAGGAGAAUGACAUGUCUUCCUAUAGUGCUAUCAAAAAGAAAUAUAAACAACCAAUACCCAAGAAAGGUGCAAAGGAUUUCUCUGAUACAUCUGGUUAUAUGUGGAAGAAAAAGUCCACCAGUAUUUAUUUAAACAAAACAUUGAAGAAAUACCAAAAGAGACAUGAUUCAGAGGCAAUACGUAGAACUAUACAGUCAAUGUAUAGAAGGAAAGGGAAGGAGUGUGGUGGGAAUGAGUGGCUCUGUGUCCACUGUGACCUGACCUUUGAUAACUCUAACUUGUUGAACCUUCAUACACUGACACAUGCAGCAGACGAAGUAGGAUUUGAUGAAGUUUAUAAAUUUGCUUACAAAGUCAAUGAAAAUGGAGAAUUUCAGCAACCAGGUACAAGUACGCAAAAUACAGAUAUGUAUGCUUUGGAGCCUAGUAUGCUGGCAUGUCCAGUCUGCCAUGCUCAAUUCCAAGACCAAAGAGCAUUGAUUGAGCAUGCUGCAGAACAUGGGAAAUCAAAGUCAUUCCUCUCACGGAACAGGACCCAUAAAUGUUCCCAAUGCUGGAAAGCUUUUCAUUCUAGAGAAAAACUGAAUCGUCACAUGUUGUGUCAUGGUUCAGAAGAAAAUAAGCCCUUACAGUGUACUGUAUGUUACAAACGAUUUAUGAAUAAUUCAGCUUUGUCUUGUCACAUGAAGACACACAGUGAUAAGAAAUAUUAUGAAUGUCCGAUUUGUAAAGAGGGAUUUAAUCAUUCUGCUGUGAUGAGAGAACAUGUUGUGAUUCAUGCACAAAAUGGCAUCUACACGUGCCCACAAUGCAAUAGAGAGUUCGAUGACUUUUAUAACUUACGAAAGCACAUCAGAGGUUUCCAUACCAACAAGGAAUUUCCAUGUCCACACUGUGAUAAAGUAUUUCCUCGGCCAGACAAACUCAAGCUUCAUAUGUUAAAACAUUCUAACCAUAGAGAGUUUAUGUGUGAAACUUGUGGACGCCAGUUUAAACGUAAAGACAAACUGAAAGAACACAUCAGAAGAAUGCAUUCUCUGGAAAGAGAGAUUAAGAAUAUGGCUAAAGGAGAAAAGCCUUCACCAAAGAAGUUUAUACCAAAAGUCUCUCCAACUGAUUAUCAUAGAUUUAUCUACAAAUGUCAUACUUGUAUGCUGGGAUUUAAACGUCGUGGAAUGCUCGUUAAUCAUCUUGCUAAACGUCACCCGGAUGUCAAAUUUGAAACUGUCCCAGAACUGAACUUACCAAUUUUGAAAACACAAAAAGAUUAUUAUUGUCAAUAUUGUGAUAAAGUGUACAAGUCUAGUUCCAAGCGUAAAACUCACAUCUUAAAGAAUCAUCCUGGGGCUGAACUGCCAAUGAGUGCUCGUAAGAAGACUGUUCUGACAGAGUUACCUGGUAUACCUAAUCCUACAUUUUCACAGACUGUUGGAAGUAUAACAACAAUGCCACACUUAUGUGAAUAUUGUCACAAGCAGUAUGCGAGCAAAGCCAAACUAACACAACAUCAACGCAAGAAACAUCCAGAUGCAGUUCCUCCGCUACCACCAAAACCCAAACGGGAAUCAUUGGAAGGUCUGUCUGAUGCCCAAUCCAGCCAAGAAACACUUCAACAGAUUGUUCGUUAUGAACCUGCUGACUCUAUUGUUACUGUCCAAUCUGCUCCAGGAGACGGACAGCAAGCAGCUGAUUUGUUAACACAAGCCAUGUCAGAGUUAACUCAGUCUGUUCAUACAGACUACCGUCAACAGUCUUCAGAUUACCAGUCUAGAUUAGCACCCACAAUGCUGCAGUUAGCACAUCCUGGAGGAUCAACAAUAGACCUUUCACACUUAAACCAGGCCCUUCAACAAGGACAACUAGGUCAAGCCCUGGCACAUGCAUUUGUACAGCCUUCUGGGAUAGGUGGACCAAUACAAAUAGCUGUUUCUGGACCUCUAAGUGGACAACUAAGUGCUCUCAAUCAACUUCAGCAUAAUGAUGGAAUCCACCAACAACAAAGGGAUGUAAACCAGGAAGAACCUUCAACAACUAACCAACAAAUUUUAAACUCACAAACUAUCGUUGUCAGUGGAACUCACCACCCCCAGAUUGUACCAAUAUCUUUAACACCCUCUGUAGCUGGGUCUAAAUGGACCAGUUAUAAUAAUUAUAGAUAAUAUUUAUGGCAUUAAUAUCAAAUUAUGGUAUGGAAAACUGGUUUAAUUUUUGCAUUCAUAUAACUUGCAUACAGUCUGAUAACAUAUGUAAAAUAGCACUCAGUCAAAUUAAAAAUACUAGCAAUUUGCAUAAAAGAUGAAAAGAAAAGAUUUUCAUGCUAAAUUUCAUAUAAAAAAUGCAAUAUGUACAUGUAUAAUCAAUUCCAAUAGGUCAAUUAUCAUGAUCAUAUUUGGUGUAUGUAAUGAUUGUAAUGUGAACAUGUUUGUCUGGAAAGGUUCAUUUGACCUUAACCUCAUUUUCAUGGUACAUUAUAUGGAACUAUAAAUAGUUUCUUUUUGACAACUUUUUGUGUCAACACAUGGUCAACUUCCAAUUAUUUUUUAACAUUAAACUCCCUUAACAAACCAGAAUCUUUCAAAAUUUCUCUUCCAUUUUCUUAAUAAACCUUUGACAAUAAGAUAAGAGAAUAUAUAACACACUAGAAUUUCAGAUAAAUUUUGAAAAAUAUUCAGUUUUGUCUCAUUGUUUCAAAUUUAAAAACAGUAUACAUUGUGAAACUUAAAGUUAUACAAUUAUUUCCAUAUUCAUAGUGUUAUGGUAGAUAAUAAGCUGUUGUUAGCUUUUUAGUGUUCAUUGAUACAAUGUGUAAUCCUAUAUGUUCAGUAGUUAUAGGUGUGUAACUAGCUAAUCUCAAAACAAAGAUAAAAAAAAAUACUCUCUGAAAAUCAUGUUUGUGUAAAGUUCUAAAUAGUGCUUAUUUCAUAUUUAAAUAUAUUUUAGAUUAGACAAUACUUUAUAAAGCAUUUAUUUAUACUAUAUUGCUCAAGUAAUUGUCAUUCAUUAUGUCACUAGGUCAUUUCUGGGUUGAUUCAUGUAACUCUUAGCGUGUUCAGUGCUGAUGUUGUCUUAACUUGAGAGUAACAAUAAUGAUUACAAUAUAAUUACAUUUUAUGUAUGUUUCAUUAUAAUAAGUUGUUUUGAUUGGCUAAGAGCAGUCUCAUGUCAUUCUGAAAUUAACCUUCAUUUCGAAAUGAAUGUAACAUUCAUGAUGACAUGAGCUUCCACAAUAAAGUGCACAGAUAAAUAAAUAAAAAAAGAUAGAAAUUGUAUUUAAAUGAUCAUAGCAAAGGAAUGUAAUUUAAAAAAUUAAUUGAAUGCAUCUUUUAGUGAUUUUAUAAGGUUGUAAAAGCAUUGACAGUGCACACAAGCAUUCAAUUCUUAAAUGAAUAACCUAUUUAAAAGCAUUUAAGGACACUGAGUGGUAUACAUGUACAUAUAUAUAUAUAUAUAAACCUUUAUAUAUUAAUAUGAUUUUUGUAUGGGAAUUGAAAUACCCCACUCCAAAGAGAUUCAGAAUGCUGAUUGUUUUCAGGAAUUGAUCAUCAGAAAAUGUUGUGAUAAAGUAUAUUGAUGCUUUCUAUAAGAUAGCCAUUGUAAUUAUUUAGUACUAGAGUACAUAUAAUGGGUCAGAAAUUUUUAUUUUAAACUUGAAUAACCUUUGGUCUGGUUUUAAAUGACCCUAAUUUGUAAUCCUAAGUGUGUUAUUUUGUAUGUCAUUUUGUGUCCACAAUUAUUAAAAAAAAUAUAAGUAGGUUAUAAAUUACGUAUGAAAAUUAUAAAAAAAAAAUCAUUUGUUUUACAUUUUUUGUUAAUUUAAACUCUUUUGAAAAUACAUUUUUUUCAGUUUUAAACUUUCAAAGUAAAAAUUCCAAUGUUUUGAAUGUAAUAUUACUUCCAUGCUUUAUUCAAAACACCAAAAUUUAAAUCCAAUUUUCCACAAUGCUUUCUGGCACCUCAAUGGUUUAUAUCUUAUGACAAACCUGUUCAAAUAAGGGAAACAAAGAUCACUCAAUUUCCGGAAAAAACUAUUUAACAGCUUUGUGAUCCUGUGUGUAUACCUAAAUAUAUAUUUCAUAAUUUGUGGGGUCAAUAAGGGUUUUGCUGCAUCACACAUAUAUUAUCUAUCAAUAUUUUUUUUAUCUUAUUUGUUUACAAGCAUGACUAGACACACCCUGUUCAAUAUGUAUUUAUCAUAGAGUCACUAUAACUUUGAUUUAAUAAUUGAUUUUUCUGCUUAAACAAUGAACCUUUGUUUAUAAUUUUUCUUUUUUCAUCUUUUUGUAUUAGCUUAUAUUAUAUUGCAAAUUAAUAUAACGAGGGACUGAAGAUGGUGUUUAGAAGGUGAUAUUAAGAGAAAAUGUAUUAUUUCAUGUGUCUUUGUCUUGUUGAUAUAGAUUUAAAAGUAGGUGUCAAGCUUUUUAGAUAUACUCACCAAAGAUUUUUAUUUACAUGGUUCCAUUUAUUGAUGGUUGAUGUAGAAAAAAGUCUAAAUUAGGUAUGUUUCACAACAAGUGGGCAUUUGUGCCUUAAAUAUUUAACAAACAUCAUAAUAAAGAAAACAUGAAAUUUUCAUUCAAGGUUGAAAACAUGCAUUGUAAAUUCAGAAAUCAAUUCAUGUCUUAUUUUUUGUGAAUCCUUGACCCCUGAAUAAAAAAUGUGAAAUUCAAUUAAUGCAAUUAAAAAAAAUUAUGAAGGAAAAUACACAUCUGAAAUCAUGAAUAUGAGCUUUAAUUAUUGCCAAUUUGAGAUUCUAGCAAUUUUACCAUUAAUAAAAACACAAUAAUUUCUGAAUUUAGAGAAAUGUCAAUGGGCAUCAUUGGCUGGGAGGUUGGGGUAGUUCUCCUUCAUUGAUCAACAGCCAAUCAACAUUAAGGUUGUGACUUGCCAAGGUGCUUUUGACUUUUUUUUUUAUCAAAAAUUGGGUCACUGCUGUAAGAGUGCUGAAAAUUACAUUAAUCACCAACAAUCAAUCAUCUAAUGUUAAAGGGUUAUUUUUAGAUUUAAUGUUAAUAUUUCUAAUUAAGAAAUAAAUCCUUUGUGUCAUGCUCUAUGCUCAUUUUAACAUGGGUAGGCAUUAUAUUUGUCGAUAUUUUACACUGAGCGUUAGCGAGGUGUAAAAUGUGGUCAAAUAUAAUGACUACCCAUGUUAAAAUGAGCAUAGAGCAUGACACAAAGGAAUUAUUUCGAUUCUAAUAGGACAAAAACAGUAUUUUUAUAGGUCGAAGCGUACGAAAAAAACGUAAAAAUGUUUGGCUUUUCCCAUUCCCUCCCCGAUAAGUCUGUGCAUUCCAUUUCAUAUUUGACAAGUUUAAAAACUACGAGAAGAGUAAAUAUAUGUUGUUUUACAAAAUAUAUAAUAAAAGUUUAUGCUAGCUGCUUAAAUGUUUACAUUUUAAAAGGAUAAUGAUGGAAAUAACGUUAAUAUAUACAGUAAGUUUGUGCGCAUGUGUCAAACAUAUUUUUUAUGCUCAUUAGAACACGGCUUUACACGGCUUUGUUUACAAAGCGUAAUAAGUACGUCAUAUUAGAAUUAAGGUUUGAAAACUUGACAUAUAUUGGGUAUUUUUCAUCCAGGAAUGAAUGUCUGUGUUAUUGUAUGUUAUCAUCUCAAAUUAAUUUAUUUCCCAUACAUGUGUGUUGUAGUAGACUUUUGACUGUUGGUGUGUUGUUAAUUGUUAGUUUCAUUCUGUAUAAAUCUCCUACUCAGUAGUGAAAUAAAGUCAUUGAGAAUA